UAUUCAGACACACCCUUUUCAAGUGUGUCCUAGCCUGCAUAGCAUAUAGAUAAAAGAGUAGCUAGCUAGCUGUUGUGCCUACACUACACUGCGCUGAGCUAACUACCGGUAGCUAUGGAUAUGGAGCCAAACAGCGAUUGCUUUGUGAAUGGAGGGGUGGGAUGCCAGGACAGGCUGACAGAAUGCUUUGCAAGAGAAGUAUCCCGGUGUCCCAACACAACCUACUCCUCUCGCUAUGACAACCCGAGUGCAGGAUGGGUGUACAUGUGCUCCAUCCUUAUGUUCUUUAUGAAAGCUGGGUUUCUAUAUCUCGAGGAAGCGUUCAGUCAAGCAGAUAAAGUGUUUAGGAGGAGGGUGGUGUUGGCUAAAUACAUUGACAUCUUUGCUGGCACUAUCGGGUUCUGGCUGUUUGGUUAUGCCAUCUCUGGAAACACUGAUGCUGGAGUACUGGGAGAGGAGCAAGACUACAUCUUCUGGUUCUUCAGAUUUACGUUUGCUACGAACACUGCCACCAUCCUGGGGGGUACCCUAGUGGGACAGGGGGUCCAGAUGAGAGCUCUCGCCAUCUUCGUCUACUCGUUCGUCAUGACAGCCUUCAUCCACCCUAGUCUAGCACGUUUCUUCUGGUCCUCGUCCAACCCCCAGCAGCCGGCCUGGUCUCCGUAUGCUCCUUGUAACGGCACCUACACAGCUGACCGGGAACACACCUUCAGUUUCUACACCGAAGACGUGGAACUCGGGGAUUACAUCUUCUUCGAUUUUGCCGGCUCUGGACUUGUGCACGUUUGCGGUGGUAUGGGUGCUUUUGUACUGGCAGUGUUCCACAAACUGGAGAUAAGUACUCGAACAAAGAAGAUCAGAGAAUGUUGCUCCUGUCUCAAGAGGAGUACAGAUGAUGAUGACAUUUAUGGUCGCUCCUUUGUAGGGUCAAGCGUUCUAAAAGAUCCGUUAGUGGCUCGAGCAGCUACUUAUGGAGCCGAGCGUCAAGACGUGGCACCAGAGGGAGCAAAAAAUUUCCUCGAGUGGAUGUACCCAAGUGGUGGUGGUGACGAAAAUGUGGAGAGUGCUGCUCUGGGUAUCCUUAUCCUGUGGACCACCUGGUUUGCGUUCAAUGCUGGAUCGGCUGAGAGCAUCUCAGGGAAGGCGGUCCACUCGGCAGUGGGUAGGAUUGCUCUGGUCAUGUGCCUGGGUUGUGCCAGUGCCGGGAUUGUGCAGACCAUCAUCUCAGGGCUUGUCCAGAUCUACAAACGAGAUGAGACGUUUAAUUCCAAUGAGAUAGCCAACGCUGUGUUGGGGGCUCUGGUGUCAGUCACUGGGUGCUGUACUUUCAUCGAUCCUCCGUGGGCCAUUCUCAUCGGAGUGAUAUCUGUGGCAGUGUACCACUCUGGCUGCUACAUAGAGUACCUCCUCAAGCUCCACGAUGGAGCCAGGGCCUUCCCUGUGCACGCUAUAUGUGGUUUCUGGGGGGUACUGUGUGUCGGGAUAUUCAGUAAAUCGUGUUUAAUUCGAGAGACUUACGAAGAUCUCUGUUUCUGCGUAACCUCUAACCUUCCCGCGUCAGUGGACAACCACGGGCUCUUGUUUGCGUACCAGUUAGGCGGUGGUUUGUUCAUCAUGGCGUGGUCGAUGACACUCUGUACCAUUGUCUUCCUUGUCCUCUGGUUCUUUCCCGUCAACUUUGCACUCGCCUGUCUCCCAUGGGUUAUGGGGUUCAAGGACAAAGCGAGAGGUCUGGUAAAGUUCCAAGGCAACGUCCUCUUCACCCACUUCAACGAGAUCGGGAGUCCAAACCCGGACGUGGAUGUAAAUGAGCCACCCCCCACCUCCGGGCACACCACCCCCUACACAGCUCCCCACACUUCUAACGUGAAUUUCGGCUUAGUCUCUAUCAACACAGCCCCUCAAGAAGCGCAUGAUAAAGACUGAUCGAUCAUUGAUGCAAAAAUGUGUGUACUCUGAACUAUAUAUAUAUAGUUAUUAGGUCAAUAGCGUGCACAGUUGUAAAUUUGCUUAUAAUUUGUACUAUUUUUUGUGAAUUUUAGCAUUUAUAAUAUUAUGACUGUAAAUUUCUGAAUUGUCUUGUGACAAAACACGUAUCAUGAAUAUUGUACAAAAUUUGCAAAA